UUUCCAUGAUAGUUUCAAGCAUAUUGUUUAUUAAAUGGCUUCGUAAGACACUUCCUUGCGGGAAACCUGACAAUCUGUUCCUUGUCACUUGGACAGCUUUAACAAUCAGGUAGAAAAGAAAGCUCCCUUCGUCCAUUUGAAGUAAGCUCGAGGUCAAACUAGCCUGACACUGGGAGCCCCCAGGAGAGCCUUGAAAACGUGGGCGAUCCUGAGGCGGUGUGCAGAAGCGAUUCUCUGCGAAGAGGGCCCUGAGCUGUCACCAGCUUCUCGCAGUCAAGGGACCCCCAAAAGGUGCAGAAUCCCGCUUGUCACCGCCCCUCUAGGGAUCCUGAGCGAGUAAACCCCGAGAGGCGUCCGAAGGCCGGUAGUUUGGCAGCGUGAACUCUGGUUUUCCAGGCGCGCGCAAAGCCUGGAGUAGCAGUUGCUCCUUUGCUCUGGCAGGAAUCUGGGGGUCUACCCUGCACAGAUAAUCCCGUCUUGCCUGCAGCUGGGGUUCAAGAUCCGCUUCUCUGAAGUCCGCCUCCCAGCGGCGUGGAGCCCGGGGCGUGGUCGGCUCGAAUCUGCUCCCCAGGCCCAGAACGGAGCCCUCAGCCCGUAACCCGCUGUGGCCGCAGCGGGUCGCGCCCUUCCUCCUGGCCUCAAGAGCGGCGGAGGAUCUGCCCAGCUGCGGGAGCCAAGCCCGGGCCGCACUCCUUUCCCCGGCGGAGGGAGCCGGCUGACGCUGCGGCUUUCAAGGCGCGCGGACGUCGCGGAGCGCAGCCAGUCGCGCGGGAGCGGGUAGCGCGCGUGAGGGCGUUGGGCGCCGCCGCGAGGCGGGGAAGCGCGGGGCCGCGGCGGUGAGGGUUCUAGGGCGGCGGCAGCCGCCGCCGCAGCAGCGCCCGAGCGGGGAGGGCCGAGGAGGCCGGACCAGCUGGGGAUGGGGAGUACCGGGCCCCUCACUGCCUCAGAGCGCGUGUGCGGCUCUCGGCGCGCACAGUGACGGUGACGGCGCCCCUGGCCCGGCAGCGCCGAGGCCGCUUCGCCAGACAGCCCGCGGCCGGCGGCAGGCCGGGCCGGGCCUCGCUGACCCCGGCGCCGCGCGGCGGCUUCCCCUGUUUCCGCUCCGGUCUCUCGACAUGAGAGUCCGCCCGGGCCCGGGGCUGCGGCUACCCCAGACCGGCCGCCCGCUGGCGCGCUCCGGGCCCGCGGACCCGCGGUGCUGAUACCUGCGCCGCACUGCACCGCCCGUCAGCCGGCUGUGUGCCCCGGGGACGCGGCCAUGGAGGUGGUGGGCGACUUCGAGUACAGCAAGAGGGAUCUCGUGGGACACGGGGCCUUCGCCGUGGUCUUCCGGGGGCGGCACCGCCAGAAAACUGAUUGGGAGGUAGCUAUUAAAAGUAUUAAUAAAAAGAACUUGUCAAAAUCACAGAUACUGCUUGGAAAGGAAAUUAAAAUCUUAAAGGAACUUCAGCAUGAAAAUAUUGUAGCACUCUAUGAUGUUCAGGAAUUACCCAACUCUGUCUUUUUGGUGAUGGAGUAUUGCAAUGGUGGAGACCUCGCAGAUUAUUUGCAAGUGAAAGGAACUCUCAGUGAAGAUACUAUCAGAGUGUUUCUGCAUCAGAUUGCUGCUGCCAUGCGAAUUCUGCACAGCAAAGGAAUCAUCCACAGAGAUCUCAAACCACAGAACAUCUUGCUGUCCUAUGCCAGUCGCAGAAAAUCAAGCAUCAGUGGUAUUCGCAUCAAAAUAGCGGAUUUUGGUUUUGCUCGUUACCUACAUAGUAACAUGAUGGCUGCAACACUGUGUGGAUCCCCAAUGUACAUGGCUCCUGAGGUUAUUAUGUCUCAACAUUAUGAUGCUAAGGCUGACUUGUGGAGCAUAGGAACAGUGAUAUACCAAUGCCUAGUUGGAAAACCACCUUUUCAGGCCAGUAGUCCUCAAGACUUAAGGAUGUUUUAUGAAAAAAACAGGAGCUUAAUGCCUAGUUUUGAAAACAUAAUGCCAGAAGAAGAGGGGCCCAAAUCCACACAGAGCGCCCAAGAUAUUCCCAGAGAAACAUCACCUUAUUUGGCCAAUCUCCUUUUGGGUUUGCUUCAGAGAAACCAAAAAGAUAGAAUGGACUUUGAAGCAUUUUUUAGCCAUCCUUUUCUUGAACAAGUUCCAGUAAAAAAAUACGGAGUUUCACUUUUGUUGCCCAGGCUGGAGUGCAGUGGCGCGAUCUCAGCUCACAACAACCUCUGCCUCCCGGGUUCAAGCCAUUCUCCUGCCUCAGCCUCUGGAGUAGCUGGGAUUACAGCUUGCCCAGUUCCAGUGCCCGUGUAUUCUGGUUCUGUCUCUGGAAGCUCCUGUGGCAGCUCUCCAUCUUGUCGUUUUGCUUCUCCACCAUCCCUUCCAGAUAUGCAGCAUAUUCAGGAAGAAAACUUAUCUUCCCCACCAUUGGGUCCUCCCAACUAUCUACAAGUUUCCAAAGAUUCUGCCAGUACUAGUAGCAAGAACUCUUCUUGUGACACGGAUGACUUUGUUUUGGUGCCACACAACAUCUCGUCAGACCACUCAUAUGAUAUGCCAAUGGGGACUGCUGGCAGACGUGCUUCAAAUGAGUUCUUGGUGUGUGGAGGGCAGUGUCAGCCUACUGUGUCACCUCACAGCGAAACAGCACCAAUUCCAGUUCCUACUCAAAUAAGGAAUUAUCAGCGCAUAGAGCAGAAUCUUACAUCUACUGCCAGCUCAGGCACAAAUGUACAUGGUUCUCCAAGAUCUGCAGUGGUACGAAGGUCCAACACCAGCCCCAUGGGCUUCCUCCGGCUGGGAUCAUGUUCCCCGGUGCCAGCAGACACAGCACAGACAGUUGGACGAAGGCUCUCCACUGGGUCUUCUAGGCCUUACUCACCUUCCCCUUUGGUUGGUACCAUUCCUGAGCAAUUCAGUCAGUGCUGCUGUGGGCAUCCUCAGGGCCAUGACUCCAGGAGUAGAAACUCCUCAGGUUCUCCAGUGCCACAAGCUCAGUCACCACAGUCUCUCUUAUUGGGUGCUAGACUGCAGAGCGCCCCCACCCUCACUGACAUCUAUCAGAACAAGCAGAAGCUCAGAAAACAGCACUCUGACCCCGUGUGCCCAUCCCAUACUGGGGCUGGGUACAGCUACUCGCCUCAGCCCAGUCGGCCUGGCAGCCUUGGAACUUCUCCCACCAAGCACUUGGGGUCCUCUCCACGGAGUUCUGACUGGUUCUUUAAAACUCCUUUGCCAACAAUCAUUGGCUCUCCUACUAAGACCACAGCUCCUUUCAAAAUCCCUAAAACGCAAGCAUCUUCCAACCUGUUAGCCUUGGUUACUCGUCAUGGGCCUGCUGAAGAACAGUCCAAAGAUGGGAAUGAGCCACGGGAAUGUGCCCAUUGCCUCUUAGUGCAAGGAAGUGAGAGGCAGCGGGCCGAGCAGCAGAGCAAGGCAGUGUUUGGCAGAUCUGUCAGUACUGGGAAGUUAUCAGAUCAACAAGGAAAGACUCCUAUAUGUCGACAUCAGGGCAGCACAGACAGUUUAAGUACAGAACGACCAAUGGAUAUAGCUCCGGCAGGAGCCUGUGGUGGUGUUCUGGCACCUCCUGCAGGUACAGCAGCAAGUUCCAGGGCUGUCCUCUUCACUGUAGGGUCUCCUCCACACAGUGCAGCGGCUCCCACUUGUACCCACGUGUUCCUUCAAACAAGAACAACCUCAGUGGGGCCCAGCAACUCCGGGGGCUCUCUGUGUGCCAUGAGUGGCCGCGUGUGCGUGGGGUCCCCGCCUGGCCCAGGCUUCGGCUCUUCCCCUCCAGGAGCAGAGGCAGCUCCCAGCCUGAGAUACGUGCCUUAUGGUGCUUCACCCCCCAGCCUAGAGGGGCUCAUCACCUUUGAAGCCCCUGAACUGCCAGAGGAGACGCUGAUGGAGCGGGAACACACAGACACCUUACACCAUCUGAAUGUGAUGCUGAUGUUCACUGAGUGUGUGCUGGACCUGACAGCCAUGAGGGGAGGAAACCCUGAGCUGUACACAUCUGCUGUGUCCUUGUACCAGAUCCAGGAGAGUGUGGUGGUGGACCAGAUCAGUCAGCUGAGCAAAGACUGGGGGCGGGUGGAGCAGCUGGUAUUGUACAUGAAAGCAGCACAGCUGCUUGCGGCUUCUCUGCAUCUUGCUAAAGCCCAGAUCAAGUCCGGGAAACUGAGCCCAUCCACAGCUGUGAAACAAGUUGUCAAGAAUCUGAAUGAACGAUACAAAUUCUGCAUCACCAUGUGCAAGAAACUUACAGAAAAGCUGAAUCGAUUCUUCUCUGACAAACAGAGGUUUAUUGAUGAAAUCAACAGUGUGACUGCAGAGAAACUCAUCUAUAAUUGUGCUGUAGAAAUGGUUCAGUCUGCAGCCCUGGAUGAGAUGUUUCAGCAGACCGAAGAUAUUGUUUAUCGCUAUCAUAAGGCAGCCCUUCUUUUGGAAGGCCUAAGUAAGAUUCUACAGGACCCUGGAGAUAUUGAAAAUGUACAUAAAUAUAAAUGUAGUAUUGAGAGAAGACUGUCAGCGCUCUGCCAUAGCACCGCAACCGUGUGAGCAGCAGCCUCAUCCCAUGGACCGGUGGUGGGAACGUGAGGUGAUGCCUUUGGGAUUACAGCUUGAGUUUUGUCACCCCAUCCCCAGGAAACUAGCUUCUUAACUGGUGACUACCAAAGAACAAGCAGUGAUUUAAAAAAGGAAAAACAAUCCAAAAACUACAUAUUUGUUGGAAAUCUGCCUUACUGGAGAAAGUCACCGUUUCCCUUUUUCUUGUAGAAGCAGGAGCAAGAAUGUUUGGCUCCCAGUUUGGACUUGGUGAAUAAAUGUACCUUAGAACUAGGAUAAUCGGGUACAGUUAUUCUUAAAGAUAAUUAAAAAUGAAACAAAGUGAGUGCUUGUCACUGGGUUCAUCAGAGCAGUGUGUGAAAUUCCAUGUGUUUGCUGAGGUAUAAAGGUAAAAGUAUUCACCCCUCAUCCAGGCAGUUUGAUAUUUGGAGUAAGUUUGUUUAAAUCUGAGCAUGCAUCUUUAAACAGCUCAGGAAGAAAUAGCUUAAGAAGAAGUGAAACAUGGAUCUUGGAAGAAAUUUUGAAAUCUUCAAUUUGAUCCUAAUAUGGACACAUGUUAAUCUUCCAAAAUCUUUCAUAUUGCGCUAAUUUAUUAAAACAACUGUGUAUUGGAUUUUGUAAUUUAACUAAGGCACAAUGGACUUGUUUAAAAUAUUUUACUUGAUUGUAUACAUAUACUCUUUCCAGAAUUCACAUGUAAUCUCCAGUGAACUUUUAAGUGGUUAAAACUUGUAUUCAUGUGAACCUUUGCACACUUUUUUUUUUUAACUUCUUCAUCUACACCUACAGAUUUUCUCAGUAAUGUUUUUGUUAGCUUUUGGUUCCAUUUUUUAUUGUGCAUGCAGAAUGUACAUUGAUGCCUGUGACCUUAGGUUUAUUAAAGGCUAGGUUUAUUUGGGCAGCAUUAGAAACAAAAUCAUGGAUCAAGAGAUACUCUUGAUCAUUUGAAUAGGGCCAAAACAAAGUUGGUGACCUAAAGGUUUGUUAGUGAUGUGGAGUUCCUACAUGCAGUGAGUGGAAAAUGAAGUUCGUUUUCUCUUAGGAAAAUGGGCAGCUGUUUUCUGCCUAAUGUGUAUUUUUCAUGUUAAUCCUGACAGUUCACCAAAUAGCUAGUCAUGGAGAAUGCAGGCAGUUAAUAUCCCUCCAGGAAUGGCUCCUACGUUGUGUAUUAUUUGGUUUCUUUUACUUACCUGCUUGAAUACUGGAAUAAACCAUUCACCAAUUUUAAUCCUUUUAUUUUAAUCCUUUUAAAUAAAAUAAUCUGAACUCUUUGACAAAUUGCACAGAGCUCUUUGGCAUUAAUCUAAUUUUAAUGUACUGAUAAAAACAAACAUGGUUUUCCUUUACUUUGACAAAGUAAUGUAAUUUUUACCUUAUUUAUCUGUAUGAAAUUCCAGUAGUAAUUUGAACGUUUAUUUAUAUGACGUUUGUAUUUUUAGGUCUUUAAUACAGUGUUUCUACCUCUCAUUUGUAACUGCAUGCAUUAUUCUUGAAACUAGGUAAAACUCACUGAAUUGUUGUGUAAUAGCCUUUUUAUUAUUGCCUGUACAAAUGUAUAUUAAGGUAAAAUAAAACUGACAAAGUGUUUCUAGGGUGUAGCUGGGUACAUAUUAAGUGGCUUGUUGAGCCAGGUACUUCCUUAGUGAGUUUAGAGACUUGGCCGUGAAUAUCCUUUGUCCUGCCCCAGGAUUUAGAUCUCGGCCACUGUCAUGCAGGCUUCCAGGAACAUAGACUGUUUACCUCCACAACCCUAUUUGUUAUUAGUGAUACUUUAUUUUAUAUAAUAUUUUUUAUUCACAGUGAAAUUUCAUUCAUGUUCUUUCAGUUAUCACCUGUGUUAUCUCAGUUGUAGGCUUAUUCUAUCCUCUCCUCUUCCUCUCCCAUUUCUUUUUUAACACAGGAUGAAACAGGUUCAGAGAGGGGAAGUGAUUGGCCUAAAGUCAGGAACUAGGCAAGUGGUCAAGCCAUGCUUUGUGACUUUCAAGUUAAUUCUUCUUGUUCUUGUAUGUUAAAGGUCGUGGGUAGAUGGUGUGUGUGAAACAGUGAAGUCUCAACAGCAGAAAAGAACAAAAUGUAAAUUCAUGAAUAAUGGUUCUGGUUAUACUUCCAUUAUCAAGCCUAAUUGUUUUAAGAGAUUUUGCCUUGAGUAUAGCAAUAAUAAACAAAUGCUUUAUGUUUCCCUGA